GGGGCGGGGCGGGAGGUGGGGCCGGCCGGGUCUUCCGUCUGCUGUCGCCGUCACCGUCACCGCAUCCUGCCGGCUCCCGCCACUCUGGGGCCGCCGUGCCGGCGUUAGCCGCGCGAGGGGAGGGAGGGGAUAGUCGGGGCGUGUGUGUGCGCGCGCAGGGGGUCCCCGCAGCGCCAGCAGUUCCCCUCGCGCCGGCUGGGCGGCGAGGGUCCGCAGCAGUCGGGGGAGGCCCUGGACGGCGCCAUGUCUGCGGGCGGCCCCUGCCCAGCAGGAGCCGGAGGGGGCCCCGGAGGCGCCUCCUGUGCGGUGGGGGUCUCCCCCGGCGGGGUGUCCAUGUUCCGGUGGCUGGAGGUGCUGGAGAAGGAGUUCGACAAGGCCUUCGUGGACGUGGAUCUGCUCCUGGGUGAGAUCGAUCCGGACCAGGCGGACAUCACUUACGAGGGGCGGCAGAAGAUGACCAGCCUGAGCUCCUGCUUCGCGCAGCUCUGCCACAAAGCUCAGACGGUGUCCCAGAUCAACCACAAGCUAGAGGCACAGUUGGUGGAUCUGAGAUCUGAACUGACAGAAACCCAGGCAGAGAAAGUUGUACUGGAGAAAGAAGUACAUGAUCAACUUUUACAGUUGCACUCUAUUCAGCUCCAGCUUCAUGCUAAAACUGGUCAGAGUGUUGACUCUGGUACUAUAAAGGCAAAGUUGGAAAGAGAGCUUGAAGCAAACAAAAAAGAAAAAGUGAAAGAAGCUCAACUUGAAGCUGAAGUGAAAUUGUUGAGAAAAGAGAAUGAGGCUCUUCGUAGACAUAUAGCUGUUCUCCAGGCUGAAGUGUAUGGGGCACGAUUAGCUGCCAAGUACUUGGAUAAGGAACUGGCAGGAAGGGUCCAACAAAUACAGUUACUAGGACGAGACAUGAAGGGACCUGCUCAUGAUAAGCUCUGGAACCAGUUAGAAGCUGAAAUACAUUUGCAUCGGCACAAAACUGUUAUCCGAGCCUGUAGAGGUCGGAAUGACUUGAAGCGACCCAUGCAAGCACCCCCAGGCCAUGAUCAAGACUCCUUAAAGAAAAGUCAAGGAGUUGGUCCAAUUAGAAAAGUUCUCCUUCUUAAGGAAGAUCAUGAAGGCCUUGGCAUUUCAAUUACAGGUGGGAAAGAACAUGGGGUUCCAAUCCUCAUCUCUGAGAUCCAUCCAGGACAGCCUGCUGAUAGGUGUGGAGGACUGCAUGUUGGGGAUGCUAUUUUGGCAGUCAAUGGUGUUAACCUAAGGGACACAAAGCAUAAAGAAGCUGUAACCAUACUUUCUCAGCAGAGGGGAGAGAUUGAAUUUGAAGUCGUUUAUGUGGCACCUGAAGUGGAUUCUGAUGAUGAAAAUGUGGAGUAUGAGGACGAGAGUGGACAUCGCUACCGUCUCUAUCUUGAUGAGUUAGAGGGAGGUGGUAAUACAGGCGCUAGUUGCAAGGAUGCAAGUGGGGAGCUCAAAGUGUUACAAGGAUAUAAUAAGAAGGUAACUGAUGCACAUGAAAAUGGAGACAUGGGAACUUCAAGUGACACUCCACUAGAUGACAGUGCUUCUAAAUUAGAUGAUCUGCACAAUCUGUACCAUAAAAAGUCUUAUUAAAUUGACUGUAUCUCCAGAUAAGAUUGUUAAUCACACUAUUUUAAACUUGGGGCACUAGGGAAGACGGUGACAAAGACUAUACAAUUUCAAGGGAGGUUGUUUGUUGCCUAAAGAAAGGCGGGUACCUCAGGGCUUCAUGUGAACAAUUGAAAUGCAUAAAACCGUUUUCUGUGGUAUAUCAUAAUUAGCUAUUGCAUGUAAAGCAACUUUGAUUUUCCUGGAAUUGUAAGCACCAAAGCAUGUGUUUCCCAAAGGGAUAUUAUAUUAAUAGGCUCUUAAGUACCAAAUGAAGUGCUACUAUUUUAUUUGGUUCCUUUCCUAUUUAAGAAAAGGACACUGCUAACUGGAAUUUUUAUAAUAGGAAAUGCAAGAGAGUAAGUGAAUUCAUCACAUAUGAAUCCAUGUAUCCAUAAUGUUAACUGUGGAAUUUCAAAAGACAGAACUUCUAAUUCCAUAAAUUGCAGAAAUGUAGGUUGACUUAUUUUUGUUUGACUGAAAGAAUGGUUUUAUUUGUUUUUUUUAAUCUGUUGUGCAUACUGAUAACUAAAUCAAUUUUCAUGAUCAUUUGUUAUAAUGAGUUUGCUUUAUAGCUAUAUUCAAUGCAGUAAAAAAGUAGUUCUGUUUAUGCAAUCCUUUAUCAAUCAAUGCUGCGCUAGAAAUAGUUUCUGAAAAGUUACUGUAUGUUUACUUUGGAUUUUUUAAAAGAAAUGCAGAUGAGUAUACCUGUUGUCAAUUAUGUUAACCUGUGCCUCAUACCGGAGCAUUACACUAUUAAUGUUUAGUCUCUAUGUUUAUUUUCUAUGAUCCACAAAAGACAGUUUUAUAUAUUUUGAGUUGUUCAUAAAGUUUUUCUUAUGAUAGUCCUAGUAGAAACAGUUCACAUUUAUUAGUAUGUUACAAAAAAAAUGUCACAUUCAGCCAGUAGUUUUCUCUUUAAGUAUCUGAUUUACGACCAUUUAAAAAGCCGAGGGACUAAAGUAGGCAGGACAAAGUGAAGACAUUUUGAUACAGUAAUUGGUUUUCAUAUUGAUACAUAUUUGCCUAAAGUAGUUUUCAUAUGCAAACUGUGAAUUUGCAAGUUCUCUUGUCAGAGGAUUAAGCACAGUGCCUCCUUUCUUAGUGUUCUGUGGGCCAUUAUACCCUGCUAGGCAAAGUCAAAACAGUAUGUUUGCUAAAAUGCAAAGUCAAAACAUUUACUAAUGUCAGUGUUUUAAAAGAUACAUUUAAGGGAAUAUUAAGUGUGGGGAAAAUCUCUAAGGCUUUAAAAUAUUAUCAGUAUCUUCAUUUCUCAUUCCUGUUUUUCCCAGAUGCACUAUAUAUUUGUUCAAAGUUAAAUCUAUAAAAUGUAUAUACUUUUGUUUUGUGAUUUUUUCUAUUUAUAAACUUAAUAUUUUACUAUUGUUCAUUUAUAGUUUAUUGGUGGUUUUAUCCCUCUGUAUACCUAUUGCCCUGUUAAUUCAUAACUAGAAGUGCACUUCAUAGUGUCUUAUUGUUACUGAUAUUAAAAUACUUCAUAGUUUAACACUGUGUCUGAGCAAGUUAGUAUUUAAAUGUACAAAUGAAUAAGCAAGUUACGUGUUAGUGUUUGCUCCUGCCAGGCUAGAUUGUUUCAAAAGAAAGAUUGUUUUGCCUCAUGCAUUCCUCCUAUGGUAGACACCAAUCUGCAAACUGGAUUGUAGCUAAUGUAUUCAUUUAUUUAAAAAUAAGAAUUCCAUCAUAACAGAUCAGAAAACUUUUUUGCUGUGACAUAAAAACUAUGUCAGUUUUUGUUUUCUUAAAAUAUAGCCUGGGUCAAUAGAAUGACCAUGACAUUUUUGUCCCCAGAGAAUAUGCUUUAUACACUAUGAAUAUUUAGGAAACUGUAAGCUAUACUUCUUUGAUUUUUCAAGUACUGCAUAUUAAAUUGAUUUUUUUAAAGGUACGUUGGGAGUUGUUUUGCUUUUUCCUUUAGAACUGAGAAAUAGCAUUUUUGUAAGGUACCUCCAAUUUGAACGAUUGUAUGAGUUGUAAUACACAUUCCCUUCAAGGGGAAUAAACAAAAUAAAGUUUUUUAAGUAGUGUAAAAUUGAACGCAUUAGUUUCCUUUAUAUUCAUCUCCUUCUUGGUCUGAAAGCCCAAUGAGAGCACUGUUGUGUAGCUGCUACUAUGAAUUUCCUGGCAUGUGUCCGAAAGUACCUAGUAGAAAGUUUAUUUUAGAAUAUGAUCUUUAGGGAUAAACUAGAAAUUGCAGAUUUGCCCUAAUGCACUGAGAACCAGUUUUUUUUUUGUAUUUUCACAUUUAUGAGAAAGAAGCCCAUACAGUAAAAAUCUUCAUUAGAAAAGAUAAGAAGAGAACUGCUGCAGAGAUCUGUUAACAAUAAAAAUGCGGAAAAUAAAAUCUGAGGGAAAUUGUUCAAUGCACAUGAGAGUGGUGUGUGUAUGUAUGUAUGCUUGACCUCUAAAAUUCUCUGUCACAGAUAGGAUGGAAAUGCUACACUGCAGUCAUGAGACUGUUGUUAAAACAUUUAAGAAAAAUGGCAUCUUGUGGAUCUUGGUAAUCAUACCUGGAUAGUUACUAAAAGUUAGCACAGCUUGCCCAUGGUGCUGGAUUUUCCCCACUACAGUGGAAUUAUUUGUUCAUAAUUUAGAAAUAAAACACACUGAUUCA